GACACCGCGCUGUCACGGGACGGCGGGGUGAGGUGAGGAGCCUUCGCUCCGCUCCCUUCGGUUCCGCCGCCUCACGACAUGCUGCGGCUCCUGCUCCCGCUGGCCGCUUUGGCGGCGUUCCCCCGGGCGGCGAGUAUACCCCAGAGGAGUUUUGGGAUUGAUUAUGACUGCGGCUGCUUUGUCAAGGAUGGGGAACCUUUCCGUUACAUCUCAGGUAGCAUCCACUACUCACGGGUACCACGGUAUUACUGGAAAGACCGCUUGUUGAAGAUGAAGAUGGCAGGACUUGAUGCCAUUCAAACGUAUGUGCCGUGGAACUACCACGAAACCCAGAUGGGCACGUAUGAUUUUUCUGGUGACAAAGAUCUAGAGUAUUUCCUGCAGCUUGCUAACGACACUGGUUUGCUGGUUAUCCUGCGAGCUGGACCUUACAUCUGUGCAGAGUGGGACAUGGGCGGUCUUCCUGCAUGGCUGUUGGAGAAGAAAUCUAUUGUUCUCAGGUCUUCUGAUUCAGAUUACCUGGCAGCAGUAGAGAAAUGGAUGGGUGUCCUUUUGCCAAAGAUGAGGCCUCAGCUCUAUCACAAUGGAGGACCAGUCAUCAUGGUGCAGGUGGAGAACGAGUACGGAAGCUACUUUGCUUGCGACUAUGACUAUCUGCGUUCCCUUCUGAAGCUCUUCCGUCAGCACCUUGGGGAGGAGGUGGUGCUGUUCACAACUGAUGGCGCAAGCCAGUUUUUCUUGAAAUGUGGAGCUCUUCAGGAUCUUUACGCAACGGUGGACUUUGGCCCAGGUGGCAAUGUCACAGCAGCAUUCUUAGCUCAAAGGAGCGGUGAACCUACAGGACCUUUGGUUAAUUCUGAGUUUUAUACUGGAUGGUUGGAUAACUGGGGGCACCGUCAUUCUGUUGUGCCCGCACAAGCUGUAGCUAAAACACUUGAUGAAAUCCUGGCACGUGGUGCUAAUGUUAACCUGUACAUGUUUAUAGGUGGGACUAACUUUGCCUAUUGGAAUGGUGCUAAUAUGCCCUAUAUGCCACAGCCCACUAGUUAUGACUAUGAUGCUCCACUGAGUGAAGCGGGCGACCUGACAGAAAAAUAUUUUGCCGUGAGGGAAGUCAUUGGCAUGUAUAAGAAGUUACCAGAAGGUCUUAUCCCUCCGACAACACCCAAAUUUGCAUACGGGAAUGUUCGCUUGCAGAAGGUGGGCACUGUGGUAGAUGUGCUGAACGUGCUGUCACCUAAGGGACCAGUGAAGAGCACUUACCCAUUAACCUUUGUUCAGCUAAAGCAGUAUUUUGGGUUUGUACUGUACAGAACUAAACUUCCAAAAAAUUGUACGGAGCCAACACAACUGUCUUCACCUUCAGAUGGAGUCCACGAUCGUGCCUAUGUCUCUGUCGAUGGGGUUCCUCAAGGUGUCCUUGAAAGGGGCAAAUCACACAUGUUAAAUAUAACUGGGAAGGCUGGAGCAAAUCUGGACAUCUUGGUAGAGAAUAUGGGCCGAGUCAACUUUGGCAGAUACAAUAAUGACUUCAAGGGUCUUGUUUCAAAUUUAACUCUUGAUCAAGAUACACUUGUUGAGUGGGAGAUGUAUCCUCUAGACAUAGAUGGAGCAGUGAACCAUAGCAUUAAAGGCCACCUUGACCGCCGAGAGAGAUCCGUUGGCAGUCCACCGAGUUAUGAAGCACCUACUUUUUACACUGGUAGACUUUCAAUUCCUGAAGGGAUUCCAGACUUGCCUCAAGACACCUAUGUCAAGUUUCCUGGCUGGACAAAGGGGCAAAUUUGGAUCAAUGGCUUUAAUCUUGGUCGCUACUGGCCAGCCCGUGGUCCUCAGUUGACCCUUUAUGUUCCAAGGAAUAUACUUGUUUCAUCGGAGCCAAACAACAUAACAGUGUUGGAGCUGGAGUGUUCUCCUUGCAGCACCCAGGCAUGCGAAAUAGAAUUUGUUGACAAACCUAAUAUCAAUGCGACUGCAGAGUAUGAAAAUGAUGCCCCCCAACUCUUUGUUAGAGACAUAAGGCUGAACCAUCUAUAAUGAUUUCAGUAUUUUCUUAUCUUCCCCCAGUUUGCUUCCCUUUCUCUCAAACCAUACUUCCCUUUUCUAAAGAUUCGGUGUUUAUCAGUGAGUUGUUUGGCUGAGGCAAUUUUUAAAAUUCUUCAAAAACUUUUGUUUUUUAAAUCUGCCAGAGUUAAAUACUGAAAUUCUCUUAAAAAAAAUAAAAGCUGUAACUUUAGAAUUUGCCAUGGACUCUGAAAUUGAACUCAACUGGAAGAUAACAUUCAGAUCAGUCUAGUAAAACUGGUCCUCACAGGCUGCUUACAUUACAGGAACCCUUUUACACUUUCCUUUUUUUACCAUGUUUUGCAACUGGAGAGGAGCCUACGAAAGGAGUGCACAGUCUCACCAGCUUGCUGUUUACUCACGCAGGCUGGUAGGUCAGGACUGCCAAAGGACUAAACACUUUCAGCUGAUUUUAUCAUCUGGUUACUAUCAAUAGUCUGAAGGGGCUCACUGCCAGCGUUGGGCAGACCUCAUUUUUCUCACCUCUGUGCAAAUGACCUCAGAAGAAUUUCAGUUGGUUUCUCACAGGAACAGUGAUGAGAACUGUGGAAGAAAAACUGAAAUACAAGCUGGUCCCAACUGCAGCAACGUGGAAGGACCUUGUAGUCUGCAUCUGUCCCCUCUUGGAAAGCCAAUUUACUGCUUCCUUUAUGCUAUCUUUGAAGACUUUAAGUUGAUAAAUACAAGGACGUGUAAAACUUAUGCUGUUUAGGUUGGACCAUAGGCUCUGAUUAACCUGCCUGCAGAAUUUAGUUUUAAAAUUAGCCACUUUUCCUUUCAUUGAAUCCUUCUUCUUUUUUUUUUGGGGCGUGGAGUACCUGUUUUUUUAUAGGCCAGCAUCUUGCAAGUGGAAGUCUUUAAGUUAGAGAAUUUUAAUCCUCUUUUAGUCAUUAAUUCACAUCUGUUUUGUUCCAGUAAACUGAUGAUCUUUGUAAGUGCCUGAUAUUUGCAAAGAUGCGCAAUCUCUGUCAGUAAAACUGACUUUCUACAAAAGACUGAGUUGUAUCAUUGAUUCUUAGGGGUUUGAUGUCAAAUUCCUUAAUUAGAUUUAAAUAACAAAAGAUUAAGAUGAUGGAAUUGAGUAUUUUCAUAAUCUGUGGUUUCUUCCUUUGAUUUUUGUCUGACGUUACUAAAAUGGUUCUUUAAAGAUUAAAUCCUUCCUGUGCUUGUUUGGGAAGGAAAAAGGGUA